CUCAGUAGUAGAGGAGGCCCGUGCUCAGCAGUGGGCAAGUAUAUAAUACAGGGCUGAUAUUGUUAUUUUAUUAUUAAUAUUUUAUAAAUUUGUUUUGUUUCAAUGCUAUAGUCAGAUUGACCAACAUAAUUGGCAAGUCAAUUAAAAAAUAUAUGUAUGAAAUUCAUUUGCAGUAUGAGUCAGUCCUUAUAAAAUGCUAUAUAAAGAGUUUACUUAAGCAAUGUCUGACAAAUACAAAUACAAUGUUGCAAAAACGGUCUUUUUUUCUCAGUAAAUAUAUAAAUAUAAAUUUUACACUCAAUUACUUUUUACUCUAUGCUUUCUCUGGGAUAUGUGCCAUGGAUCUACUAUAAACCAAAAGCCCACACCAGAGACGAAAAAUAUAAAACUAACAUUCACAAACAAAUGCACGACGCCGACUCGCGCGAAACCUGGCGGGAGGAUGAAGCAAGCUCGCCUGAACCUGGUCAAAGUGAAACAGACAAAUAUAGUAGACCUCACUUGUUCCCCUGAGUUUGCCGGGGGGCUGAGAACUGUCAAAACUGAAAGUGAUAUAACUCAAAUAAAAAGAGAACUCAUUGAUAAUGACGACACUAUACUGCCCUCUCCUACAAGUGCUCCAGAUAAUUAUACUUUAUUUAAAUCAAUUUCAAAACCCAGUCCUGUGAAAUUUAAAAAACCCUUAUCACUUAAAAAUAAAACUGAAAAUAGUCGAUUGCAAUUUGAAGAUGUGGAAAAUAAACCAUUGAACAGUGUUAAAAAUGAUCCAAAUGAGAAGGAAGAAUCUAUAAACAUAAUGCAACAUUUACACAAAAGAUAUACUGAGAGUCCUAAAAAAGAAGCAAACAAGGAAGCACAGGGUCACAAUGACACAACGUACUGUGAGCCGGAUAAUAGCAUAUCUCUACUGCAAAAUGUCAACAAUUUGAACGCACUGCAAGACAAUCAUUGCAGUCCUCAAAAACGCCCACUUGCUGAGAACAAAAACAUAGUGAACACACCGCCGAAGGUCGACGUGGAGUCCACCAGCCUCAAAACAUCCGGUCGUGAUACUGUCAAUAGAUGCAUUCCUGAAUUAGUAGAACCGCUGUACAAAGAGCAGACGGUGAGAAAGAAAGCUGAGAAACGGGCUUUGCCUGGUUGGUGCUGCGACGAUUGUAAACGAUUCUACGGAGCGCUAUACAGCGAUGAUCCAGUAAUGAUGGCACGUAAGAUCGAGGAGUGUUCCAAGCACCGCGGCCGCCACAACCCCGUCAGGCCGAAGACUCCGCCAAACUUCUGGAAUCCCAGGUGGAAUGUGCCCGAUGAUACAGAAGAACUCAACCGCAUGAACAAUGCUAUAUGACAUAUUUAAAAUGAAAUAGUAUUCUUAUACUUCAAUAUAGACUAAAGUGAAGUCUUGGUGGUUGUAAUUAUAAGUUUGAAACGGCAUAAAUGUUUUUGCUCUCUAAAUAGGUUAGGCCUUUAGCCAUAAGGGCGAUUAAGUUUCAUAAUUGUUAUACUAAAGAAUAUUUCGGGACCUGCCAUAUUGCAUUUAUUUUUGACAUUUAAUGUAAUAUUAGGUACAAAUAAAUAGUUAACAAUACGGGUAAUCAACAAAGUUGGUGCUCGAUAGAUUAAUUUUGAAAAUCUAAACGAAGACUAGCUAAAUAUUUCCUUUUAUUAAAAAUAGAAAAAUGUUUGCUCAGUUGUUCACUUAAGUUAUGAAAUAAGUAAUAUUUUUCUUCUACUUAUAGUCUAAACAGCCUAUUUCAUUUGUUAUAAAUAAAACUUUGAAUGUAAUUUUUAUUCUAUCAAUAUUCCCAACAAUAUUUUAAUGUUAUAAUUUUCAAAAAUCCCAUGCAUACCAUGGAUUUCAUUGUCGUAGUGUCAUUGUUGUUAAAUAAUUUAAAAGAAAUGGCAGAGUACAAUGAUUAAGUACAUGUAAAGUGAUUUGAAUAUACAGGUUUAAUAAACAUAUUCCAUAUUGCAAUGUCUUUUAUAUAGCUUAACGACAAUAUUUUAAAGUUUAACAUACAUAUAAAGGUCAGUGAUAAAGGUAAAGUUAUUGUUGA